CUUGUACCAGGAGAUAUUCAUGAUUCAACAACCUAAUUGGAGAAACAACGCUGGUACAUUGUGGACUGGACUGACUGAUCAACUUUUGCAGAUUCAAUGGCUCGUUCGAUCCUCUUCCUUUACUCUCUUCUUACCCAUCGCCGUAUCUCACACUCACCAAAAGGCUUCUUCUUCAUACCCACGACCUUAGCUCUCAUCACCUCUCUCUUCAUUCUCUUCUACACUUGUUCCACUUCAAAUCUCUUCAUUUAUCCCCACCAAUCCCCUAUUCACUUCAAACAAUCAACUGGGUUUUCAACAUUUUCUUUACCCACCUACCCAAUUACCCAAAUUCCCUUCAACGAAACAGCUAACAUUCCUUUCUUCGAUGUGCCGAACAGGGUUAAGCUUGAUGAAGUUCAUAAUGUUGCCAAGGGUGGUACUGGAGGAGAUGAGAGUCAGUGGACUAUGGAAGUUCAAAUUAACUCAGAUGGUUAUGUGAAUAACAACGAAGUGUUCCAUGACAGAGAAAUCUUUAUGGAAAACUACAAGGAAAUGAAUAGCAGCCUAAAGAUAUAUGUUUAUCCUCACAGGCCAGAUGAUCCUUUUGCUAAUGCUCUCUUGCCUGUGGAUUUUGAACCUGGGGGUAACUAUGCCAGUGAAAGUUACUUUAAGAAGGUUCUUAUGAAAAGCCAUUUCAUCACCAAGGACCCAGCCAAAGCUGAUCUCUUCUAUCUACCUUUUUCAAUUGCAAGGUUGCGGCAUGACCCACGAGUUGGGAUUGCUGGCAUCCAAGAUUUUAUCAGAGAUUACAUCUUCAACAUUGCUCAUAACUACCCUUAUUGGAAUCGAACUGGUGGGGCUGACCAUUUUUACAUGGCUUGCCAUUCCAUUGGACGGUCUGCCAUAAAGAAAGCAGAAGAAAUAAGACUCAAUGCCAUUCAAGUCGUUUGUUCUUCAAGCUAUUUCCAAUAUGCAUAUGUUGCUCAUAAAGAUGCUUCCUUGCCUCAAAUUUGGCCAAGAAAAGGAAAUCCCCCAACUCUUGCCUCAUCAAAUAGGAAAAAGCUAGCAUUCUUUGCUGGAUCAGUCAACUCCCCAGUACGCGAAAAGCUUCUUCAAACAUGGAGAAACGACUCUGAGAUCUCUGUCCACUUUGGUCACCUCAAAACACCUUAUGCUGAAGAGCUUCUGGGGAGCAAGUUCUGCCUUCAUGUCAAAGGCUUUGAAGUAAACACAGCUCGUAUUGGUGAUGCACUAUACUAUGGCUGUGUCCCUGUGAUCAUUGCCAAUCACUAUGAUCUCCCAUUUGCAGAUAUACUAAACUGGAAGAGCUUCUCAAUUGUUGUUGCUACAUUAGAUAUCCCAUUGCUGAAGAAAAUCCUUCAGGGUAUUAGUAAUGAGGAGUACUUAAAGUUACAAAGUUAUGUUUUGAAGGUGAGAGAACAUUUUCAGUGGCAUCUUUUACCUGUUGAUUAUGAUGCUUUUUACAUGGUUAUGUAUGAGUUAUGGCUCCGGCGAAGUUCUGUGAGGCUUCCAUUGAGUCCUUUGGUGGAUCCAAGAAGAUAGUUUUUGGUUUAAGAAACCCAUCUUACUACAUGCCCCACGCAAGGAGCCACCUAUCCUUGACAAAUGAAUUGUGGGAGAAAUCUGGACUAUACAACUGGUUAAGAGUAUGCUGCUGACGUUACGACUCAAUUUGGUGAAGUCACGAUUUAAUUUCAACAUAAGGGCUUGCAACCAAGACGAUGAUCAAUAGUUGGUCUGAGAGGAUGAUUAGCCACACUAAGGUCUGAGAUAUGGCCCAGACUCCUACUUGAGACGGCAGUGGGGAAUUUUUCGCAAUGGGUGAAAGCUUGACGGAGCAAUGCAGCGUAGAGGUAGAAGACCCAUGGGUCGUGAACUUCUUUUUCCAGAGAAGAAGUAAUGAUGGUACUUGGAGAAUAAGCAUCGACUAACUCUAUUGUAAUCUCUAUUGUAAUCUGGAACUAAGGUUCUUUCCCAAAUUUAUGCUACUUUAAUUCAUAUAAA